AUGUCUGGUCGCGGAAAGGGAGGAAAGUCAAAAACGAAGGCUAAGACCAGGUCUUCGCGGGCAGGACUUCAGUUCCCCGUCGGUCGUAUCCAUCGUCUGCUUCGCAAGGGCAACUAUGCUGAGCGAGUUGGAGCGGGCGCCCCUGUGUACCUAGCUGCCGUUCUUGAGUACCUUGCUGCUGAGGUCCUUGAGUUGGCCGGUAACGCUGCUCGUGACAACAAAAAGACUAGGAUUAUCCCCCGUCACCUUCAGUUAGCUAUCCGUAACGACGAGGAGUUGAACAAGCUUCUUUCAGGAGUGACCAUUGCCCAGGGUGGCGUCCUACCCAAUAUCCAGGCUGUCCUCCUCCCCAAGAAGACCGAGAAGGCGCCUGCACCGUCCGGAAAGGCUGUUAAGAAGGCCGGGAAGGCCCAGAAGAACGUCCGUGCUACGGACAAAAAAAAGAAGAAGCGUAGAAGGAAGGAGUCCUUUUCUAUCUACAUUUACAAGGUCCUUAAGCAAGUCCACCCCGACACCGGUAUCUCGUCGAAGGCCAUGUCGAUUAUGAACUCAUUCGUAAACGACAUUUUCGAGAGAAUCGCUGCCGAGGCCUCCCGUCUCUCGCACUACAACAAGAGAUCGACCAUCACCUCUCGGGAGGUUCAGACCGCCGUCAGGCUACUGCUCCCUGGUGAGUUGGCCAAACACGCCGUGUCUGAGGGAACCAAAGCUGUCACCAAGUACACUUCCUCCAAGUAAUUUCUCCACUACACAUAUAUGCCUUCGGGCAUCACCAAAAAACGGCCCUUUUCAGGGCCACCAAAUUAUGAAAGAUCAAUUACUUAGGCAGAAUCGUCACAUGUAGCUGCUAUAAUUUUGCGUUUCAUCCUAUAGCUUAUCGUACUCAUCUAUGAGGCGUAUUAUCAGCGUUACCAUAGUUACCAGUUGUUUCACUACCACUUACUUGAAUACAAUCAAAAGUUAUAUC